AUGGAAAGCGCUCCUAGAGUCAGCUAUGUUUCUGUUGCCAGUGGCUUACUAGCUGGUAUCACUUCAGCGGGUCUCUUUAAUCCAAUUGAUAGGGCCUUGUAUCUGAGUGUCAAGAACGAAAUUCCUUUUCUGUCCAAAGAGAAUUUUGCCAGUCCAUAUACUGGUUUCUUUCAGUCAGUGGGACAUCGAGCCAUCUCAGGCGGCCUGUAUUAUCCAUUGGAACAGUUUUUCCUAACCCAAAUGUCCCCAACCCCUGCUAUGCUUUUGACGAGUGGUGCCGGAAAUACUACCGUCCACAACUUUCUAGCAGGAACAGCCGCGGGUUCUUGCAAUGCUAUCAUUGUCAAUCCAAUAUCUGCUGUCAAAUACAAAACCUGGGGACGAGAGAAUCCUCGGGGAUUUUUUGUGGAAGCAGCGGAUAUGCUACGAAAAGGAGGUAUACGGCCGUUUACGAAUGGAAUGUUACCGACAGUUCUUCGUGAUUUGGUAUUUGGGGGCUGUUAUACUGUGAUAAGAUUCGAAUUGCAGUAUCGAUUUCAGCUGUCCAACAAUGAUUAUCAAUGGGCAGCCAAUAUGGCAGCUGCGGCCAUGGCAACCAUUGUUUCUGGUCCGUUCAACUUGGCACGGAAUGUACAGUACGCAACUCGGUCACACAAAGCGGCUGAUUCUGUGAUCGAGGUAUUUGUCAAUUUUUUGGGUGAGGUGAAGGAACUUCCAACAGCUCUGCAAAAAUGCAAACAUGUGCAAAAUCGGUUACGGAUAGGAUGGGGGACGGCCCGUGUGGCUAUAGGAAUGUCGUUUGGACAUUUCGUAUACGACCGUCUGCAUUCUACUUAUUAUCAAUUGCAAAAAGAAGGUAGAGUAAUAUGA